UUGAGCUACAGUCUGAGGCUGACCUGAGCAUUCGUAUUAACAGUCUAAAUAACAGUUUGAUUAAAAUUUAUAAGGCAUUGUAUCCAAGAAUGGCAACUUGUUGGGGAUUUACACUUUUUCUCUGCAUGCUGCUGAUUGCGUGUGGAGGCUUGAGCCUGGCUAGUGAAGAAGCAGAAACCCGAAAUUCACAAAGAGACACUGGGACGGCCUCAAGCUCUAACACAACUGGAGAAGGUGGUCAUGGAGUGGGGCCCAUCACUACACUGCCUAUUGUGACCUGGAAGUGGCAUCACAUCAGCACACAGUACCUGGUGGCCCUGUGGAUCCUGGUUGCCUGGCUCUGCAAACUCAUCAUUGAGUCCAACCACCAUGUCACCAACGUCAUACCCGAGAGCGCCCUGCUCAUCUGCUUCGGUUUUGUUUUGGGUGGCAUGAUUUGGGGUGCAGACAAGGUGCAAACCUUCACACUGACCCCGACAGUCUUCUUCUACUUCCUGUUGCCUCAAGUCAUUCUGGAUGCAGGCUACCACAUGCCAAACAAGCUCUUUUUCACCAACCUGGGUGCCAUCUUGGUCUAUGCUGUCAUUGGGACCUGCUGGAAUGCUGCCAGUUUGGGGCUGUCGCUGUGGGGAUGUCACAUGGGAGGACUCAUGGCUGACCUGGACAUCAGUCUGCUGCAGUAUCUUCUUUUCGGCAGUCUGAUGGCUGCUGUGGACCCCGUGGCCGUCAUCGCUGUGUUUGAGCAGGUCCACGUUAACGAUGUCCUCUUUAUCAUAGUGUUUGGAGAGUCGCUGCUCAACGACGGUGUAACAGUGGUGCUCUUCAAUGUUUUUGAUGGAUUUGUGUCACUGGGAGGAUCCCAAAUUGAUGCUGCAGAAAUUGUUAAAGGAAUAGUUUCCUUCUUUGUGGUUGCAUUUGGUGGUUCCCUUGUGGGCAUAGCAUUCGGCAUACUAAUUUCACUUCUGACCAGAUUCACAAAAAACAUCCAGAUCAUCGAGCCAGGCUUCAUCUUUGUCAUGGGAUACCUUUCCUACCUGACUGCUGAGAUGCUUUCUCUGUCUGCUAUCCUUUCGACUGUCUUCUGCGGUGUGUUAUGUCAGAAGUACGUCAGAGCAAACAUGCAUGAGCAUUCAGUCCAAACUGUCAAAUAUGCCAUGAAGGUUUUCGCCAAUGGAUCAGAAACCAUCAUCUUUGUUUUCCUCGGUAUCUCGGCCAUCGAUAAGAUUAUCUGGGUUUGGAACACGGGCUUCAUCCUCCUCACAGUCUUCUUCGUCUUUGUGUAUAGAUUCAUUGGUGUGUUUUUCCUCACCUGGAUCCUCAACAGGUACAGGCUGGUCCCGCUGGAAUUCAUAGAUCAGGUGAUUAUGAGCUACGGUGGCCUACGAGGAGCUGUUGCGUAUGGCCUGGCUGUGAUGCUGGAUGAAAACAAGAUAAAAGAGAAAAACCUGAUGGUCUGCACUACACUCAUUGUGGUGUACUGCACUGUCAUCUGGCAGGGAAUAACGAUGAAACCUCUGGUCACGUGGCUGAAAGUAAAGAGAGCUGAAGUGAAUGAGCUCACACUCCUAGAAAAAAUGACAAACAAGAUGUUUAAUCACACUCUGGUUGCCAUAGAAGACAUAUCAGGACAAAUAGGACACAACUACUUGAGGAGCAAGUGGAAGUCUUUUGAGGAGAAGUGGAUAUCGUGGAUUUUGAUGAAGCCAUCUGCAAGGAAGAAACAAGAUGAAGUUUUUAAUGUCUUCCAUCAGCUGAACCUCAAGGAUGCCAUGGAAUACGUGGCUGAAGGCGAGCGUAGAGGCUCACUGGAAUUUAUCCGUAAAGAAAGCGUCGCUAUUGAUUUCAGGAAAAAGUUUGAAAGUGAAUACUCAGAGGACAUGCCUGACAUGAGGGCGAACAUGUCAAAUGGUCACCGUGCAACGUCCACUACGAGAGAGCAUAUUCCAUCAGUGAGCGUGGAAAUGCACGAGCACACCAUGAAGGCUAUGACGGAAGCUGAGGCAGUUAACGCUCACCACCUUCUGGAUCAGCAUCUCUACAAGAGCAGGAAACAGCAUCGUCACGGGUUCAGUCGCAGCGAUUUCAUAAUCAACAAAGAUGAGAAAGAAGUCCAGGAGAUCUUCAAGAGAACCAUGAAGAACCGAAUGGAGUCUGCAAAGAUGGGUGGUUCACCAAAGACAAUCGUCAAGCACACAAAGAAGGAACACCAGCGGAAGAUGCCAAAAGGAAAGUCAAUAAGCCAGACUAAACUCUGCUAUUCUGGUGAUGAAGAUUUUGGGUUCUCAGAGGGAGAUAGCGCCUCUGGCUAUGACUUGCCAUACCCUUCUUUCCCCAUGAGAGAUUCCAAACCAGGAGGAGGAAUUGAGAACUCAGCCUUUGUGUCAGAUUUGUACUCCACGGAUUCGUUGCAGACCCCUCCUUGGCUGGCAGAGGGUGAGCUUGACAGCAGCAUGGUGGCUCCAUCACUGCGAGCCCAGGCAAGCCCGCCCACAUCACCGAUCGAAAUGCGCCACCUGGGGCUUCUUCGUAUCAGCACUCGCUCUACUGACACAAAGCAAAUGAACAAUGAUCAAUUGCCACUGCCACCAACACCUCCUCCUCCUCCACCUCCCAGUAGCCACAUGUAACUGGAUCCCAAUCCCAGCACCCUGUUCUGUCUCACUUGAACCUGACAAAGACAUAAAACAAACCUCAGACUUCUACUCUCAUAUUGACCAGGAAAUGUUUUCUUUUCCGUGACUGUGUUUAGCUACUGUGUUUCUACACAGAACAUAUACAGUUUCAUAACCUCUGUGCUCUUCAAACAACCCCUGCUGUUUUUAGGUUCAGCCUUCACUUGACAAAGAAAAACUGCACUGAAACAAAUCCUUUAUGUUCAACAUAAAAGAUAUGUUGAACGCCCUCAUAUAAUCUGUGGUUUGUAGUAAAUCUGCUAUUGAAAACCAUUAUUUUGGCAUCAAUAUUUUAAUAUGAUGCCAAAACUUUUCAAAUGAUGUGGAUUUUCUGUAUAUAUCAGUAAUAACAACAGGGUUUAAAUAGAGUGAUUUAAAAUAGUUUGUGAAUCUAUAAUCCAUAGAUUCGUAUUGCACAAUACAACAAAAACAUUCACCACCGGGGGGCACUAUUUUCCCAGUCAAUGUGAGACACUAUUACUAGCAUAAUAAAAUCCUGCAUAGGUCAAUGAUGCACAUGGAUGUUCACACCUGCGUACCUGUUUAUGGAUGAUGAAAUCUUCCAUUCAUCACGCAGGAUCUUUGUACGCCUUUGAGUAGGCGUAAGGAUGGUUCCACAGUAUGUGGCAUCAACUUUCAGACAUGGGUGGAUCUACAGGGGGGCAUAGGGGUGGCAUGUGCCACCCUAAAAUAAUCUCUUGCCAUCCCUAGUGCUGCCCUAGUUUUGCAUGUGAUGGUGUUGUUUAUAAAAAAAAUAAGCUAGCAUUAACACUCUGAGCACAGCUGCAAUGAAAUUGAAUAUAAUUUCUAAAAUUGAAUUUAUUGCAUAGUGUUACUGCCAACCCCCACCCCACACACACAGUUCACCAUUAAACAAAUGGUUCAGCCCAUAGUGGGGCCCAGGUUUAAUUCUUGUUGUCAGUAGCAAUCAACCUAUGAUUGUGCCAGAGCACAUUUUGGAUGAACACCAUGGACAUUUCAGAUUUCAUCACAGGUGGUUGAUUGUUACACUCUGGAAUUGGAAUGAAGGUGACUGUUAUUAACCCUCUGGGAUUAUUGGUUGUUUUUGGGGUUUUUUUUAUUCGGUUGUUAAGUAAGAGGGGAAAGUUUGGGGAGUGGCUGUCUGUUUAGUUCUGCGUCUUGUUUGGUCCCCGUGUCUGAGUUUCCUGUUUUAUUGUGAAGGUCUCUGUCUGAUGUGAGUGUGUUCAGUUUACGUUUCCCCUGUCCCGUCAGCUCUGAUUUCUCCCAGCUGUGUUGCCCUCCUGUCUCUCAUCCCCUGAUUACUGGUGUGUGUAUUUAAACCCUGUGUGUUCGCCUGCCUGUUGCCGGUUCGUCUGUGUUAUUCCGUGUCAGUCUGUGUUACGCUGUGUUCCACGGUGUCCUACGGUGUCCUGUUCCUCGUCUGCGUCUCUCUGCCUCUCACCUCAUUCGUAUGUUCUCAGGUUUGUCUAGUGAUGGGUAGAUGAGGCCUCGUGAAGCGUUUCAGCACAUUCCCCCAGCCUCUUUAUUACUGUUGAAUCAUGACCACUGACCUUAACUGAGGCAGGUGAGGCCUGGAGUUCUUUAGAUGCUAUUGUGGAUUCUUUUGUGAAAAGAGAUGAGUGAAAAAAAAGCUCUAUAUAUCAUACAUAUGAUACAUACUAAGUCAGCUGAUCAAGCCCUAACUUUAAGCUGUAUCAAAAAAAAAAAGUUUGAAGCCUACCCUUAAAAGUAAAGAAGGUGCCUGUCUCCCAAACCCAAACUGGGAGCUGGUUCCAGGGAAAAGGAGCCUGAACGCUGAAGGCUCUGCCUCCCAUUCUACUUUAGAAACAACAACAGACGUCUGUGUCCAGAAGGGUCAGUAAGCAGGGCUCCAACACCUUCAAUGAGCCAUAGUUUAUGCAGUGAGACACAUGAUAAAUAUGCUGUAUGUGUCGUUAUUGUCUGUGCCAUGUGGACGUCAUCUUGUCAGUAUUUAUCUGUUGGCUUCUCUGUUAUUUGACAUAAGAGAAAAGAAAUAGCCCAUUUGUACACAACGAGACUUAUUCUGAUUCUAAAGGACUUUUAGAAAGUCCUGAAAACUAUUAAAAAGUGUU